CAUAAUUUAUGCUACGAAAACAAGCUUAAAUAAUAUGCAUCAAUCAACCAGGAAAGAAGCAACAGUAAAUGGUGAUUCUUGUUGUCUCACUUCAUUCAUAAAGAAAAGAAAUAGAUUCUAUCGAUUUUGUACAGCACAGACAUGGAUCAAUUAAAAAUGUGGCCACCAUAUUAAUGAUGAUUUUCAUUCAGCAAAUUAUUGCUACAUGUUAAAAAUGUAUGAAAAGUUAACUGUAUGAAGUCAGCUGUACAUGCAAUAGUGAAGUAUUAUGGUCAUGCGUUACAUUUGGUUAAUAUGGUGUAUUUUAACCUGGACAGCAGCUAUUCUAUGCAUAACCGGGUUUUUACUACCCUAUUGGUUAGAUGGUAGAAUCUAUUCAAAUGAAGAGAUUAUCUUGGAACAAAAACAUUCUCUUAGAUAUUCAGACUAUUCAGAUUUACCUAGUACAUUGAAUUUAUUUCGUCGGUGUGUUUAUCCAGUCUACACAGGUCUGGUAACAGAUAUUUUAUUAGAAGAUCCAGCAAAAGCUGCAAUCUUUUUAAACCAACCGCCAACUCAUAGAUUAGAUUUAAAACAAGCAUCCAUUGAAUCUUCACUCGUUCAAAUACAAACAAAUUGUGGUUAUUAUCAAUUUUUUGAUAUUCCUCAUGCAGCCUGGAGAUUUAGCCUGAUUCUAUUGGGAAUUUCCUGUUGUUUUUUAUUCUUUCUGGCAUUCUUCUUAUCAUUUACCGGGUGUUAUUUGAAUUUUUUAUGGCAAUUUAAUGUACAUCGUGUAUGUCAAACAGGUCUACUGAUUUCUGGUCUUAUUAUCCUUCUCUCCUGUAUUCUAUUUCCUAUUGGUUGGUCUAACAAUGAUGAAAUUGUUCAAAUCUGUGGUCAACGAAGUUCACGAUUUGAUUUGGGUCAUUGCCAACUUGGAUGGGCUUAUGUCAUUACAAUAAUGAGUGGUCUGUUGUCUGUAUUUUGUGCUGUCUUACCAAAUCUAUGCUUUCCAAGAAUUUUACGUGAAUUGAAACAGCAGAAAUCUCAGUAUAUGAUAACAAAUCAAGGGCAAGCCAGUGAAAUGAUUCCGCAUAUUUUAUCGCAUGACAUUACGGCAGCAGCAGCAGCAGCAACACAAGGACCACCAUCCAUUGAAACUGCUUCAACCAGUUUACACAUGUCUGAUCCACGGAUUCAUCGGAUUGGCUUUGAAUCGCCAUGGUUAAAAAAUUGGAGUUGUUUAAAUCCAACUGGUCAAGGACAACCUCAUGGACCAAUGGUGUUUCUUCAUCCUGAUUAUAACCUACAGCCUAGAGGAGUGGGGUAUACAGAUAAUCAACUAGGAUAUAGUCAAGGGAGUUUAGAUGAUGGUUCAUCUGUUGGAACUGAGAAAAAGUCUGUUUGUGCAAUGAAAUCAAGUGCUUCAGAGAAUAAACUGCAGAAUACAGAGAAUAGUAAAAUUACCAGUAAUAACAACGAUAAUAAUAACGCUAAUUAGUAUCUGAGUAAUUAUUUCAUUAAAAAUCCCACAUCUUUUUAUUGAAAUGCAUGAAAUCUUUCCCAGUUCCCAAUUGAUCAUAGAUCUAUCAUGCACAUCGCACGAUUUUAUCUUAUAUAUUCAUCACUUUUAUUCAUAUAUUGAUGAGAAAUAAUCAACCGUGUAAAAUAUUUAUGCCAAUAUAUACUUAUAUCAAGCA